AUGGGUCCAUCACAUAGAGGUUCAAAUCCUGAAGAUAUUACUUCACUAAACACUGAAGAAGCAACUGCAUGCUUGGAUAAAUACAAAGCUAAGGCCAUUGAGUUAAAUGGACCAGAUUUUGAUUGGUUGCAUUCUCCAGUGGUUGCUAGAGCUCUUUAUGAAUGCUCUUGUGGUCGCCCACAUGGAAAAUGGGCCACAUUUAAUGGGAUGAUCAAUGACAAAGAAUUCCUCCCUGACUUAAGGAGAAGUCAUGCUUGUGCAAUGGCUGCUAGACGUCAACGCCAAGAGGAAGAGGAACGAUUAAGGAAGGAAGCUUAUGAUGGUCGUGCGGCCAAGGAAUAUGCCCAAAGUAUGUUGGAAUGGGGUAGAAUGGUGCAUGCUCACUAUGAGAACAUCCAAAAGUUUAUGGAGAGUGUUGUUCAGCACACCGGUAUGCCUGCAACGAUAGUUCCUCCUCCUCUGCCUCCUCCACCCGCACCUCCUAUAUAUGCCAAUUCACCACCUUCAAAUCCCUUUCCCAACAAUGCUUGUACUGAUGGCUCUACCGUUGGAAUAGAAACUCCUGAUGAAACGUCGAGUAGAAUUGCUCUUGGAAGAUUCCGUGGCCAUGAAAAUGCAGCAACUACAAGUGGUGGUGGUACCUACUCUCCGCCGCCGGAUGAAUUUCCAUCCUUUUCACAUCCAAAACAUGGCUUGGACCACAUGUAG